UCAUUAGCAUUUUCCACACGGGAAAAUAGCCACUUGCAUUGACAAAGAUGGGACCCUGAUUAACGUUUUAAUUAGCACUUUUAUGGGCCAUUCGUCCUGGUUGCUCUUCAGGAUAACAGUUAUAACAGGGUAGAGCAGGCCCAUCUAGGUGUCCAUCAGCCAGAGUGUGUUCAGAAACCCCUUGCCUUUCUAGAGAUCACUACAGAUGCCAAAGAUCUUUGCUUAACAAAAGAAGUGAAGCAACUUUGAAACGCACAUAUCUAGAGGCAAGCAAAAAAGCAGCUGUAGCUUUACUUAGAAUUACAUUUUACAGUCGUUUUGGGGUUAACAUAUGUAUUUUUAGGUGAAAUUACAGAUAGAGAAUUCUGUUAGCCUUCUAAGCCCAAAGUUCUGAGGACUGUCCUUUAUUCUCUCACAAUGGAGCGGUAGGAUUUUGUUUUGGUCAUUAGAACAAUAUAUGCAGAGCCCCAUGAUGUUCUAAACUGCUUUAAAAUGUUCAGCUAUUAAAACAGCAACAAUAUUAGCUAUUUCCUAAUGAGCUAAACAUUAUUAAAACAUUUCCCUGAAACCACCUCGGUUAAUCCUCAGAAAGGCAGCUAGGUGUCUGAUAAGCUUAGGAGUUUGGGCUCAGACGUAUGGCCAGUGUCCUGCUCUGGGGGACUCCAGGUACUGCUGAGGUUACUGUUCCUCCUGGCUGGUGUCUGUCUGCGUGCUCCUUCAGCCAGGGAAGACUUCCUCAUUGCCAAUGGCUGGUGGCACCUGCGCAUUCCACCUCGGCGGAACUCCAGCUUCUGUCCUCUCGGUGUGCAUUCCGAGUUCCAGAGCCGAGGUGGGGGGCGGCGGGGGCGCUGAGGGUUGUUCAGUCCAGCCCUAACUCUGAAGACAGCAGCACUCCCGGGACUUUCGGCUCAGGCUUUUGUGUGAACCUUCGUCUACCCUCUCCGUCUCCUAAACAAACACCGAGCCCGAAGGUGAUGUUGAUCUCGUCUCAGGUGGCUACGUUCUUGAAAAAGCCAUUUUCUCUUCAGAAUCCUGGUUGACCAGAUGCAUUCACAGGGUCUUUGAUGGACUCUCUCAGGAACUGCUUUGUGCUCUGAUUUUAUCUAACGGCAAAGCACUCGGGUUUUAACAGCCUUCCCCUCUCCCGCCCAACAUCUGGGGGAGAAACGUUUGUCCUCGCUUUUUCGGCUCUCCCAACGGUCGAGCGAACGGUUAAGCCUCCUAAAACCCGCCCCACCAGCCCUCCGCGGUCAUCAACCCUUCCCCCACCGCCUCAGCCGCCCCGAGGCCUUUCGAUGCCGGCCCGGGGCCGGGUCUGGAGAGGAGAAGGGGCUGCGGGCGGGAGGCGGCGGCGCGCAGCGGUACCUAGUGGCGCCGCCGGGCUGCUUCAUCCAGGCCCAUGUCUGAAGAGUUACUCAAACAACAAAAGAUGAAUUCAAAUGAGACCACUACAACUCAGCAAUCUGUACCUGAUUCCCACUUGGCAGAACUCCAAGAAAAAAUCCAACAAACAGAGGCCACCAACAAGAUUCUUCAGGAGAAACUGAAUGAAAUGAGCUGUGAACUAAAGUCUGCUCAGGAGUCAUCACAGAAGCAAGAUGGUACCAUUCAAAGCCUCAAGGAAACUCUGAAAAGCAGGGAAAAUGAGACUGAGGAGCUGUACCAGGUGAUUGAAGGUCAAAAUGACACAAUGGCCAAGCUUCGAGAAAUGCUGCACCAAAGCCAGCUCGGACAGCUUCAAAGCUCAGAGGGUGCUGCUCCGGCUCAGCAACAGGUGGCUCUGCUUGAUCUUCAGAGUGCCCUGUUCUGCAGCCAGCUUGAAAUACAGAAGCUCCAGAGAGCGGUGCGACAGAAAGAACGCCAGCUGACCGACGCCAAGCGGUGUGUGCAGUUCGUAGAGGCUGCGGCACAAGAGAGAGAGCGGCAGAAAGAGGCUUCUUGGAAACAUAACCAGGAAUUGCGGAAAGCCUUACAGCAGCUUCAGGGAGAAUUGCAGAAUAAAAGCCAACAGCUUCGGACCCUGGAGAUUGAAAAAUACAGUGAGAUUCGAAGCCAGGAGCAAAACAUCCAGCACCUAAACCAUAGUCUGAGUCACAAAGAUCAGCUGCUGCAGGAAUUUCAGGAGCUCUUACAGUACCGAGAGAACUCAGACAAAACCCUUGAAACAAAUGAGCUGUUGCUUGAGAAGCUUCGGCAACGAAUACAAGAUAGAGCUGUUGCUCUAGAGCGGGCUAUCGAUGAAAAGUUCUGUGCUCUAGAGGAAAAAGAGAAAGAACUGCGCCAGCUGCACCUUGCUGUGAGGGAGCGAGACCAUGACCUAGAGCGGCUGCGUGGCGUCCUCUCCGCUAACGAAGCUACCAUGCAGAGUAUGGAGAGUCUCCUGAGGGCCAAAGGCCUGGAAGUGGAACAGUUAACUGCUACCUGUCAGAACCUCCAGUGGCUGAAAGAAGAAAUGGAAGCGAAAUUCAGCCAUUGGCAGAAAGAACAAGAGAGCAUUAUUCAGCAGUUACAGACAUCUUUACAUGACAGGAACAAAGAAGUGGAGGAUCUCAGUGCAACAUUGCUCUGCAAACUUGGACCAGGGCAAAGUGAAAUAGCUGAGGAGCUGUGCCAGCGUCUGCAGCGAAAGGAAAGGAUGCUACAGGACCUCCUAAGCGAUCGGAACAAACAAGUGGUAGAACAUGAAAUGGAGAUUCAGAGCCUGCUUCAGUCCAUGAGCACCAGGGAGCAGGAAAGCCAAGCUGCUGCAGAGAAGAUGGUGCAAGCGCUAAUGGAAAGGAAUUCAGAAUUACAGGCCCUGCGCCAGUACCUAGGAGGGAAAGACUUCAUGGCGUCCCAAGCCCUCGUCGCUCACCAACAGGCUGAAGUCACCUCAAUUGGCCCUGCUCUUGGAGAGCAGACUGAUCAAGGUUCAUUACAAAUACUCUCCAGAGAUGACAGUACUUCAUUGACUGCCAAAGAGGAUGCCAGCAUACCCAGGUCCACAUUAGGAGAUUUGGAUACUGUUGCAGGGCUGGAAAAAGAAUUGAGUAAUGCCAAAGAGGAACUUGAACUCAUGGCUAAAAAAGAAAGAGAAAGUCAGAUGGAACUUUCUGCUCUACAGUCCAUGAUGGCUGUGCAAGAGGAAGAGCUGCAGGUGCAGGCUGCUGACCUGGAGUCCCUAACCAGGAACAUACAGAUAAAAGAAGAUCUCAUAAAGGACCUGCAAAUGCAAUUGGUUGAUCCUGAAGACAUACCAGCUAUGGAACGGCUGACCCAAGAAGUCUUACUUCUUCGGGAAAAAGUUUCUUCUGUAGAAUCCCAGGGUCAAGAAAUUUCAGGAAACCGAAGACAACAGCUGCUGCUGAUGCUGGAGGGACUGGUAGAUGAACGGAGUCGGCUCAAUGAGGCCUUGCAAGCAGAGCGACAGCUCUAUAGCAGUCUGGUGAAGUUCCAUGCCCAUCCAGAGAACUCUGAAAGAGACAGAACUCUGCAGGUGGAACUGGAAGGGGCCCAGGUGUUACGCGGUCGACUAGAAGAAGUUCUUGGAAGAAGCCUGGAGCGCUUAAGCAGGCUGGAGACCCUGGCCGCCAUUGGAGGUGCAGCGACAGGGGAUGACACUGAAGAUACCAGCACCGAGUUCACUGACAGUAUUGAGGAGGAAGCUGCUCACAGGAGCCACCAGCAACUCAUCAAAGUGGCUUUGGAGAAAAGCCUAGCAACUGUGGACACCCCAGACAUGUCGCUUUCCUCCCCCUCCCCAGUAGGCGGGGACAGUAACAGGUGUCUUCAGGAGGAAAUGCUGCAACUGAGGGCUGAGGUUCACCAGCACUUAGAGGAGAAGAGAAAAGCUGAGGGGGAACUGAAGGAGCUAAAGGCUCAAAUUGAGGAAGCAGGAUUCUCCUCUGUGUCCCACAUCAGGAACGCCAUGCUGAGCCUUUGCCUUGAGAAUGCAGAACUGAAAGAGCAGAUGGGAGAAGCAAUGUCUGAUGGAUGGGAGAUAGAGGACGACAAGGAGAAGGGCGAGGUGAUGGUGGAGACUGGGGUCACCAAAGGGGGUCUGAAUGACAGCAGCCUUCAGGCUGAGUUCAGAAAGCUCCAGGGAAAACUGAAGAAUGCCCACAACAUCAUCAACCUCCUCAAAGAACAGCUGGUGCUGAGCAGCAAGGAAGGGAAGAGUAAACCCACUCCGGAACUCCUUGGGCAUCAGGAUAAGGAGGCUGACGGAAGCAACCCGGAACUGCAUUGUUCUCUGGAGAAGCACCAGGGCCAAGAGGAGGAUGUGAGCAUGAAGCCCUGCCCCAGACCCCAGAGCCUUGACCUUGGAGCUGCCCGCCCUGUGGAUGCACAGCAACUGGAUAACCAGUCCCAGGCGUGGGACCCUGUGCCUCAGUCAGAAUUUAGCCUCCCAGGGUCCACCAAGCACCUACGCUCCCAGCUGGCACAAUGCAAACAACGCUACCAAGAUCUCCAAGAGAAGCUGCUGAUCUCAGAAGCCACUGUGUUCGCCCAGGCAAACCAGCUGGAGAAAUACAGAGUCAUAUUCACAGGUGAGUCCCUGGUGAAGCAAGACAGCAAGCAGGUCCAGGUGGACCUCCAGGACCUGGGCUAUGAGACCUGUGGGCGGAGCGAGAACGAGGCUGAGCGGGAGGAGACCACAAGUCCUGAGUGUGAGGAGCAUGACAGUCUCAAGGGAAUGGCCCUCAGGGAGGGGCUGUGCUCCGGGCAGGGAUGCCUGGGCCCGGCCCUGGCCAGCACCCCCGGGAAGAAGCCCUCGGAGAGCCAACUCAGGAAACAAGAGUUCCAGGCAUACGGGAAAUCAGAAGACAUCUCGGCCCUGCAAAAGGACAUCAGGGAUCUGAAAGCCCAGCUGCAGAAUGCCAACAAGGUCAUCCAAAACCUCAAGAGCCGGGUCCGGUCCCUAUCGGUCACGAGCGAUUACUCAUCGAGUCUGGAGAGACCCCGGAAGCUGAGGGCUGUCGGCACCCUUGAGGGGUGCUCUCCUCGUAGUGUCACUGAUGAGGAUGAGGGCUGGCUGUCGGAUGGCACCGGGGCCUUCUACCCGCCAGGGCUUCAGGCCAAAAAGGAUCUGGAGUGCCUUAUCCAGAGAGUCUCCCAGCUGGAGGCCCAGCUGCCGAAAACCGGACUGGAAGGGAAACUGGCCGAGGAACUGAGAUCAGCUUCGUGGCCUGGGAAAUAUGAUUCCCUGAUUCAGGAUCAGGCCCGAGAAUUAUCUUAUCUCCGGCAAAAAAUUAGAGAAGGGAGAGGUAUUUGUUAUCUUCUCACCCAGCAUGCAAAAGAUACAGUAAAAUCUUUUGAGGACCUCCUAAGAAGCAAUGACAUCGACUACUACCUGGGGCAGAGCUUCAGGGAGCAACUCGCCCAGGGAGGCCAGCUGACUGAGCGGCUCACCAGCAAACUCAGCACCAAGGAUCAUAAAACUGAGAAAGAACAAGCUGCACUUGAGCCGCUGGCCCUCAGGCUCACCAGGGAGCUGCAGGAGAAGGAGAAAGUGAUUGAAGUCCUGCAGGCCAAGCUGGAUGCCCGGUCCCUCUCGCCCCCCAGCAGCCAUGGCUUGUCUGACUCCCACCGUUCUCCCAGCAGCACCUCCUUCCUGUCUGAUGAGCUGGAAGCCUGCUCUGACAUGGACAUAGCCAGCGAGUACACACAUUAUGAAGAGAAGAAAGCUUCACCCAGCCACUCAGAUUCCAUCCAUCAUUCGAGUCAUUCUGCUGCAUUGUCUUCUAAGCCAUCAACAACCAGUGCAUCUCAGGGGGUUAAGGCCGAAUCCAGCAGCAACCCAAUCAUCUUGACAACUCCCCAGAGCCCCCCAAAGGAGACCAGCCAGGCCCAGCCAGGCUUUCGUUUUAACUCCAUGCCCAAGCUGGUUAGCCUCCCCCAGCCACCACUGCCCUCAGCUCCAUCCAGCUUCCUGCCUUUCAGCCCCCUUGGCCCUCCCCUCGGCUGCUGUGAGACGCCGGUGGUCUCCUUGGCUGAGGCUCAACAGGAGUUGCAGAUGCUGCAGAAGCAGUUGGGAGAAAGUGUCAGCACUGUCCCUCCUACCCCCAGAGCUACAUUGCCAAGCAACCAUCUGGACGCCAACUCUUCCCACUAUCUCAGCCCUGCUCAGCCCCAGUCUCCCGCAAGGGGCACCGUAGAUCUGGGCAGAAUACUGGAGCCUGGGUACCUGGGCAGCAGUGGCCAAUGGGACAUGAUGAGACCUCAGAAAGGGAGUGUAUCUGGAGACCUGUCCUCAGGCUCUUCUGUGUCCCAGCUUCACUCCAAACCCACAGGAGCUGACCUGCUGGAAGAGCAUCUUGGUGAAAUCCGGAACCUGCGCCAGCGCCUGGAGGAGUCCAUCUGCAUUAAUGACCGCUUGCGGGAGCAACUGGAACAACGGCUUAGCUCCACUGCCCGUGGAAGUGGAUCCACCUCUAACUUCUGCGGUCAAGGCCUGGAAUCCAUUCCUCAGCUCUACAAUGAGAACAAAGUCCUCAGGGAAGAAAACAGGAGCCUUCAGGCCCAGCUGAGCCACAUUUCUAGAGAGCACUCUCAGGAAACAGAAUGCCUGAAGGAGGCUCUGCUCUCCUCCCGAUCCCAACUUCAAGAGCUGGAAAAGGAGCUGGAACACCAGAAACUGGAGAGGCAGCAGCUGUUGGGAGACUUGCGGGAGAAGCAACAGGAGAUCUUGCACUUCAGGGAGGAACGUCUGUCCCUCCAGGAAAACGACUCCAGGCUGCAGCACAAGCUGGCCCUCCUGCAGCAGCAGUGUGAAGAGAAACAGCAGCUCUUUCAGACCCUCCAGUCCGAGCUACAGAUCUAUGAAGCACUUUAUGGCAAUUCUAAGAGGGGGCUAAAAGCUUUUGGCCUGGAUACCUGUCACCAAGUCCCUUCGAGCAGUGACUUGAGUUGCCUGGUGGCAGAGAUACGAGCUCUGAGAGGGCAGCUGGAGCAGAGCAUCCAGGUGAACAAUUGUCUGCGACUGCAGCUGGAGCUGCAGUUGGACAGUGGUGUCGGCAAAGCCAGCCUCGGCUCCUCUUCCAUGAACCAGAACUUCACCACCAACACUGACCCUGGAAACAAGCAGUCUGCCUUCCAAGACUCAGCUGCUUCCCCUCCAGUUCGGGACGUUGGCAUGAAUGCUCCAGCUCUGGUCUUCCCCAGCUCUCCUUCCUCUGAUCCUGCCUCAGAAACUGCCAUUUUCAACAAGAAAAAUGAGCUGAAUUCGUGUACUUCUCUCAUGAAGAACCCUCCCCAGCUGGAGGGUGAUGCCACUGACGGCUCUUUUGCCAAUAAGCACGGCCGCCAUGUUAUUGGCCACAUUGAUGACUACAGUGCCCUAAGGCAGCAGAUUGAGGAGGGCAAACUGCUGGUCACAAAGAUAACAUCUCUUCUGAGGCCAGCAUGUGACCUCCCUGGCCUUGAAGCUCAGGGCACAGAGGUGCUGGACUGCAAAGGCCUCCAGAAGCUCCGGAGCAGUGCCAGUGCCCUGCACCACACCCUGGAGGAGGCGGCCUCCCUCCUCUCCAUGUUCUGGCGGGCAGCCUUGCCAAGUUCCCCCAGCCCUGUGCUGCCAGGCAAAGCGGGGGAGUCAGUGGAAAGGGAGCUUGUGGAGCUGCGAGCCAGAGUCUCGGAGCAGCAGCGGCUCCUCCAGGGCACAGCGGAGCGUCUGAGGACUGCCAACCAGCAGAGGGAGAGCAUGGAGCAGUUCAUCGUCAGCCAGCUGACCAGGACACAUGAUGUUUUGAAGAAGGCGAAGACUAAUUUGGAGCACAGCACUCACAAGAUUGCCUCUGUAAAGCCUUACUCCUGUCCCAGCAAAGGUGAAAUCCCAAAGGGCACUCUCGUGUACUCCAGGCUUGUGACACUUGCCUUCCAGGAGCCUUGCAGGAAGCGCAGCCAAAAGAGAUCUCUGCAACACCAAGGAGCAUGGGCCUGCCGCCUGUAGCACGGCUACCCACUCGCUGGAGAGGACCUGAGCCCGUUCCUCCAGACCUGCUGCAGGUCCAGAAGAAGGGGUCAGAGAGGUGUCGUGGUGGGGCAGGGAGAAAGGCAGGAUGCCUGGCUGGCAGUGAAGGAACACCACUAGCCAAGCACCGCCAGGCCCAACACUAAGCAAAACCUGCAUAGUCUGCAUAGAGGACCUUGUGACACUGCUUCUAAGCAGCCCUAGUGGCACGCGACUGGCCACAGCAUGAUUCUCACCUAAGCAGCUGUCCCUAGUUGACUGACUCAAGGCAAAUAGGACCCUGCCGCCUACACAUGGGACAUGUGGUCCCCACGCUGGAGCUGCUCAGGCAGUUCUAGAAGCACACUACUGAGACUACUGAGUAGCAGCGCCCUACUGGACAGUGUCAGGGGCUCGGCGACCUCGACUCACAGAGCCACGCCUGCUCAGCCCGGUCGGAUGGAGACAGACACUCUGCGGUCUACAGUGUUGCACCUGAGCACUUUGAGUCCACGUGGUGAACGUGGGCACUUCACGGAUGCCAUCUCAUGCCUGACCUUGCUGCUCCUGUUUGUUUUCAUCUAUGACCUCCCUCGAAAUAUGCUGUUCCAUUUUUUUCACCCUAAAUCCAUCCGGGUGAUUUGGGCACUGAUGGCCACACCUCGUCUAUUAAAAGUCUUGGUACAACAAGCUGUAGUCAUUUUUGAGUGGCCUGGGAGAGGGCUCCAGUUGUGCUAAAGUCUAGCCUGUGUCUUCACAGUGCACAUGGAUGGUGUGUCCAUGUGUACACAUGUAUGGUACAGACGUAUAUAUGCGCUAAAGCCAUAGUGAAGGGCAACAUACCUCGUGGACAGGCUUGGCAAGAGGAAAUGAAAGUCUUUUUGGUAGCUAUUAAAGACAACAUGUAUAAAGUAAA